AUGUUUGAUUUCGGCGGCUCCCCGGUAUUCAUCUUCGUACCGUUCAUAGCGUUCUCUGUCAUAUUCCUACUCAUCAUUCUACUGAAGUCAUGCGUCGUAAUGGGUCGUUCUGAUUUGCAACGCGGUUGGGCAACACAAGCACGGCGUGUCCGACGUCCAAUGAACUCGCAGUCGACGGCAUCCGUCGAGAUCCAGACGAGUCAACAUCCGGUGCCGUUCAUUCCGCCUCCAGGUUACUACUCGGAAGUGAUGGCUACCGACUCUUCCGCUAUGUAUCCGAUGUAUGUACCACCGUAUGCCAUGAAUAGCACUCCGCCGCUGUCAAUGCGGGAUCCGCGACGCUUCCAGGGUCUUCCCGGUCUGCAAGCACCACCACCAUAUCCGCCUCCACCUAGCUAUAGCCAAAUUCAAAACUUUCCCGAGCUACCGACGGUCAGUAACGCUCGGCUCGACAAUCGCACACCGUCGCGAAAUGGAAAGAAAUCCGAGAUCACUCCUGUUGAAUAG